CGGGGAAAAGUAACAAUCGUCCAUUGGCUCUGCAAUGAAACCGCGGCUACACGUGUAGCACACGAGCAUUCUGUCACUCAGUUUCUGUCAGGAGGUCAAGAGUGGACGGCCUUCUGAUAAACAGCAGACUUCAGUAUUCCUCUCAUUAUCCUCACUUCUCAAUGAUCCUUAUCUCUAGAGAACUUUCUCUGAAGUUAGAAUUUCGUGGGAUUUUUGCACGAGAAUUAGAGUUUGUAAAAGUAUGGUUCGCCACCUCAACAAGGCCGUCGUGAGUAACUGCCAUCCCACCACUGACACUACUGUUGUCCACUACAUUCGCCGUCACUGCAGCACUUGAGGUCACGGCUUGACCCUCAAGGCACAGAUUGUCCACAAUCCUUUCUGCAUCUAUAAUACUGACAACAUUUUACAUUUGAGGUGUAACCGUAAGAUCCUGCAGUCAACACCCUACUUCUGUGAAACAUCCAGCUGUGCAAAGUACAUCUGUCCAACAGCUGCCACAUCCAGCAACUGUGUGUUUGUAUCCUGAAGCUUUGUGACUUCCAGCAGUGGCACACUGACUGUGUAGACAACAGCUUCCAUUGUCAUCACCAAGACAGCUGACCGCAUCCUCUGACUCACCCACACAGGACUGGGAUCGUGCGUCACACACAGUCAACAGUCACUCGUUACAAUCGCUCCCAAACUUUGACAGACGCGAAAAUAUGGAGUGUCACCUCGUCAACAUCCUCGCGAAGAGGGCAGAGCAUCGAGCAUCAGUUCAGUGUCAGAACUCCACAUCGGGUACAAAAGAAAACAAAACGAGAUGCAGACAUGAGUGCACUGUCCCGGUGUCUGACCUGCCAUCAGCCUCUGUCAGCGACACCAUGUCAUGUGACCCUGCUGUCGACAGCCUCAUCCAUCAUCUAGAUCACGUGGGACAAGCGCUAGAACUGACGUUCAAGGAAGUGGACAACAUCGAUGCCUACAUCAACAGACUUCGCUGUGACUUCCAGUGCCACAGUGUCAGCUGUCACCGCUACAUGUCAGGUCUGUGCACGGCAAAGAUCGCACGUGAGGCCUGCUGCCGGACACAGCUGCACAGAUGGCAGGAGCUGUACAGCGGCAUGUUGAAGUUGUACUCCAGCAUCCACCAGUCUGUACUCGCCAUGCAAAGUGGCGACUCGUGUAACACACCCGGGGUGGUGGUCUCUAACACAGACAGAGAGACUUCUGCGUUUUUAGGGCAGCUGAGCAGGAUGUCAACCUUGCACACCAUUAUACAUCGGCUGGAUCCAGGAAAAGAUGUUAAAGCUUUUGUGGACAAGUGGAUCCUCAAGCGAAGUGAAGAUUGUAGCGGUUGCUGGUGAAGAUGGUGGCUUCCUUGAUGUGCUCUGUGUGUGUGGUGGGUUUGAUUUUUGUUGUAUGCACUCAAGACAAAGUGAACUGAGAUCUGAACUUUAGGGCGUUUCCGUAAUUUUUCUUCAAAAUAAUCUCGGAGAAAUUCUGAUACAAAUUACUGUGUGUUAUGUGCGUGAAUGAGAGAGAGACUUAAAGACAAAUGGUUUAUAUCUAGAAAAGAUGAGUGAAUUUAGAGAUGAAGGGGUGGAAUGGAAAAAAGGCGAUUCCAGCUCCUAUAUUCAAAAUAUAAUUUUUUAUUUUGUCUCCAAAUGCAUUUUCUAAUGUCGAGCAAUAAAUUUUAGGGUGUUCCAA